UACGCGAAAGCCCAAAUUGGGCCAAAUAUUUGCCUUCGUGGCUCGCUCAAACAGCCGCUGGCAAAAGUCUCGAGAAUCUUCUACCUUUCCCAAAAGCCAAAACCCUGAGGCUAACCCUCAUAUAUCUUCGGAACCUUCCAAAACCCUCAGAAACCCUACAAGAACUGCGAACGAUCCCCCUCUGGUCAUACCUCCAAACAUCAACUUCCUCCUCACUCUUCUGCUCUGCGUUUGAGAACCAUGCACAAGCUAUCGAGGCGUCCAGCCGUCUCCUCAAUCCUCCGUGCUAAUGGCUCCCGUUACCGGAGCGCUGCCGCAGCUCAAUCUCCGGCCUCCUCUUUUCUCUUGACUAACUCGGGAGUGGAAGGCGAUACCAGUAACAAGUGGUACUCCGUUUUAACUGGAGGCAGAGCAGUCAGUGGAACCGGGCCUGCUCUUAGGAUUCAAUUGCCCAAUGGCAUGCUAUUGGGCAAACGGUAUGAAUCCACGGCGGCAGAAUCCGACUCAUCGUCUCCUCCUCCAACCGGGGAGAAAUACGAGUAUCAAGCUGAGGUCAGUCGUCUGAUGGACCUGAUCGUCAAUAGCUUGUACAGCAACAAAGAGGUUUUCCUUCGUGAGCUUAUUAGCAAUGCAAGUGAUGCCUGUGACAAGCUGCGCUUCAUGAGUGUUACGGAGCCAGCACUGUUGAAGGACAAUGUUGAUUUUGACAUCCGUAUUCAAACAGAUAAAGACAAUGGGAUUGUAACUAUCACUGAUACAGGCAUUGGUAUGACAAGACAAGAGCUAAUUGAUUGUCUUGGAACUAUUGCACAGAGUGGUACUGCCAAGUUUCUCAAGGCAUUGAAGGAUAGCAAGGAUGCUGGUGGUGAUAACAAUCUAAUAGGUCAAUUUGGGGUCGGCUUUUACUCUGCCUUUCUUGUUGCGGAUCGGGUUGUUGUCUCAACCAAGAGCCCAAAAUCAGACAAGCAGUAUGUGUGGGAAGGAGAAGCAAAUGCUAGCUCCUACACGAUAAGAGAGGAAACAGAAGCAGAUAAGGUCAUUCCCAGGGGAACCCGACUUACUUUGUAUCUCAAGCGCGAUGACAAAGGUUUUGCACACCCAGAAAAGAUACAGAAGCUUGUCAAGAACUACUCACAGUUUGUAUCCUUCCCUAUCUACACCUGGCAGGAAAAGGGAUACACAAAGGAGGUUGAGGUUGAUGAGGAUCCAGCUGAGGCCAAAAAGGAUGGAGAAGAGGGUUCAGUUGAGAAGAAGAAAACUAAAACAGUUGUAGAGAGAUACUGGGACUGGGAACUUACUAACGAGACCCAACCAAUAUGGCUUCGCAAUCCUAAGGAAGUUUCUACUGAGUUGUACAAUGAAUUUUACAAGAAUACAUUCAAUGAAUACUUGGAACCGUUGGCAUCUUCUCACUUUACUACUGAGGGGGAGGUGGAGUUUAGGUCCAUCCUUUAUGUGCCAGCUGUGUCAUCAAGUGGAAAGGAUGAUAUGGUCAAUCCCAAGACCAAGAACAUCAGGCUUUAUGUGAAAAGGGUCUUUAUCUCUGACGACUUCGAUGGAGAAUUGUUCCCUAGAUACUUGAGCUUUAUCAAGGGUGUGGUGGAUUCCAACGACCUUCCUCUGAAUGUUUCAAGGGAGAUUCUUCAAGAGAGUCGCAUUGUGCGGAUAAUGAGGAAACGCUUAGUUAGAAAGGCAUUUGACAUGAUUUUGGGCAUAUCCAUGAGCGACAAUAGAGAAGACUAUGAGAAGUUCUGGGACAACUAUGGCAAAUAUCUGAAAUUAGGUUGCAUUGAGGACCGUGAAAACCACAAGAGAAUAGCACCCCUUCUCCGCUUCUUCUCCUCACAGAGCGAAGAUUACAUCAUUGGCCUGGACGAAUAUGUGGAGAACAUGAAACCAGACCAAAAGGAUAUCUAUUACAUUGCUUCCGACAGUGUGACAAGUGCAAAGAACACCCCGUUCUUGGAAAGACUUAUGGAGAAGGACUUGGAAGUCCUCUUCUUGGUUGAUCCUAUUGACGAGGUUGCCAUCCAGAAUUUGAAAUUUUACAAGGAGAAGAACUUUGUCGAUAUCAGCAAGGAAGACUUGGAUUUAGGUGAAAAGGAUGAAGAGAAGGAGAAGGCAGUGAAGCAAGAGUUCGGGCAAACUUGUGACUGGAUCAAAAAGCGCCUGGGUGACAAGGUAGCCAGUGUGCAAAUCUCGAACCGACUUAGCACCUCCCCCUGCGUUCUUGUAUCUGGGAAAUUCGGUUGGUCAGCUAACAUGGAAAGGUUGAUGAAGUCCCAGACAAUGGGUGACACGUCGAGCCUGGAGUUCAUGAGAGGCAGAAGGGUGUUUGAGAUCAAUCCUGAGCAUCCAAUAAUUAGGAACCUGAAUGCUGCUUGCUCAGGUAACCCAGAUGAUGAAGAUGCGCUGAGGGCGAUUGAUCUUCUGUACGAUACAGCUUUGGUUUCCAGUGGUUUCACUCCGGAGAACCCAGCUCAGCUAGGCAGCAAGAUCUACGAGAUGAUGAACAUGGCUAUAUCUGGGAAAUGGUCUGCCCCAGCUGCUGAGUACGUUCCGCAGCAGGACCAUCAGCAGCCUGCGUUCUCUCAGCCGCAGAAUCAAGAACCGAUGGAGGCUGAGAUCGUGGAGCCAGUUGAGGCUGGCAACCAUAAGCAAUGAGAAGCGAUGCAUGUAUCCUCCCAUUUUCCUACUUCCUAGUACUUUCGUGAUGGGGACUUGGAAAUUAGAGCAUAAAGAAGAGAUAUAAGAGGCGAGGCGAGAAAAUUUGAUUGUUUCAUGAAAAUAAACUAUAUUGUUAGUUGUUGGUUUCUUUGUUAAUGAUCAGGACUUGGAAAUUAGAGCAUAAAGAAGAGAGAUAUAAGGCCGGGCGAGGAAAAUUCAUUAUUUCAUGAAAAUAAUCUCUACAUUGGGUUGAGCCACAUUGUUAGUUCGUUGGUUGCUUUGUUAAUAAUCGAUUUGGAGUGGUUGCCUCUUAUUCGUAGCUUAUAGUAUCUGUUCUUUGGGUUGAAAAAGAAAAGGAAAUUUCUCAAGGAAACUUUUAUGAUACAAAUUGAACCUUUUGUAAUACUGAAUUUUUAUCAUACCAACAUGUUGUUUAAUAUAAAAAUUUUCAUGGAAUGUAAACAAUCAUAGUUAUCAAAUAAAGGACAUUUUAAAUU